AUGCGGAAUUCACGAUUUCGUGGAAGCAAUUCUGGUUCUUUCCAGAGUAACCGUUGGUGGUGGUGGUGGUCAGUGGCGUUGGAUCGUGUCUUGUCGUUUUUGGUUAGAGUCUUGGCGAGUGUACAGAGAGUGUGGAGUAGGUUUGUAUCGAUGGGGUUGGGAAGUUUGUACAGAAGGAGGGUGAAAGUCUUCUCUGUAGCUAUCCUCAUUUACCUCGAUUACAAGAGUGUGCAGCAGAGAGAGAAGUGGAUUAAGAAGUCAAAGGUUCCAGCUUUAUGGGAGAAAGCUCAUGAACGUAACGCCAAGCGUGUGUUGAAUUUGAUUGUGGAGUUGGAAGGGCUUUGGGUGAAGCUAGGACAGUAUCUAUCCACUCGUGCUGAUGUUCUUCCUCAGGCUUAUAUAUCUCUUCUCACUCAGUUGCAAGACUCUCUCCCUCCUCGCCCUUUGCAGGAGGUUCGUCGAACCAUUGAAAGAGAACUUGGGGAUUCCAUGGAAGUUCUGUUCACCGAUUUUGCUAACGAGCCUUUAGCAACUGCUUCGAUAGCACAGGUUCAUCGUGCUACUCUAGCUAAUGGCCAGGAUGUGGUUGUUAAAGUUCAGCAUAAUGGCAUUAGAGCUAUUAUCUUAGAGGACUUGAAGAAUGCAAAGGCCAUUGUUGAUUGGAUUGCGUGGGCGGAACCGCAGUAUGAUUUUAACCCCAUGAUAGAUGAAUGGUGCAAGGAAGCUCCAAGGGAGCUAGACUUCAAUAUUGAAGCUGAGAAUACUAGAACUGUAUCCAAGAAUCUUGGGUGCAAGAAGACUAAUGGUGAAGGUAGAAGUGACAACCGGGUUGAUGUCUUAAUUCCAGAUAUAAUCCAGUCGUCUGAGAGUGUACUCAUUCUUGAGUAUAUGGAUGGGAUUCGCUUGAAUGAUGUGGAGUCUCUAGAUGCUUUUGGUAUAGAUAAGCAAAAGAUCGUAGAAGAGAUCACUCGUGCAUAUGCUCACCAGAUAUAUGUUGAUGGUUUUUUCAACGGCGACCCUCAUCCAGGAAAUUUUCUUGUUAGUAGGGAGCCACCACAUCGCCCUAUUUUACUUGAUUUUGGGCUUACAAAGAAACUCUCACACCCCUUGAAACAAGCACUAGCCAAAAUGUUUCUAGCAUCUGCAGAGGGAGACCAAGUGGCGCUCUUGUCUGCCUUUGCAGAAAUGGGACUGAAGCUGCGGCUCGAUCUUCCAGAUCAGGCAAUGAGUGUGGCAGGUCUCUUCUUCCGAUCUUCAACUCCAUCUAAUGAAGCUCUGAAAACGCUGAAAACCUUGAACGAUCAAAGAAUGAAAAAUAUCAAAGUUAUACAGGAAAAGAUGCAGCUCACCCCUAAAGAAGUUAAACGCUUCAAUCCGGUAGAUGCAUUCCCUGGUGAUAUUGUUAUUUUUGCAAGGGUCAUUAAUCUACUCAGAGGACUUUCAUCCACUAUGAAUGUUCGGAUUGUUUAUCUGGACAUCAUGAGACCAUUUGCUGAAUCUGUUCUGUUGGGGAGUAUUAGUCGAGGACCAACCGUAGAUGCCUCUUGGAUACAUGACUCGCCGGUCCAUUCUGAUGUAGAGUUCAAACUGAGGAAGCUGCUUGUUGAGCUUGGGAGUAUUCAGAAAAUACUUGGGAUUCAGGUGUGUGCAUAUAAAGAUGGGAAAGUGAUUAUUGACACUGCUGCUGGAGUGCUUGGAAGAUAUGACCCUCGUCCGGUUCAGCCCGAUAGUUUGUUUCCUGUUUUCUCUGUGACCAAGGGUAUCACUGCCGGAAUGAUGCAUUGGCUUGUCGACAAAAGAAAACUCCAGCUAGACCAGACUGUAGGAGAUAUAUGGCCAGGCUUCGCAUCAAAUGGAAAAGAUGUCAUAAAGGUCCAUCAUGUGCUGAACCAUACAUCAGGGCUGCACAGUGCCUUUGACCCUGUAGGAGAAAACCCUCUGCUUAUAUGCGACUGGGAUGAAUGUUUGAAACGGAUUGCUAAUUCAUCACCUGAAACAGAGCCUGGCAGUCAGCAGUUUUAUCACUAUCUCACGUUUGGAUGGCUAUGUGGUGGUAUCCUCGAGUAUGCUUCUGGAAAGAAGUUCCAGGAGAUUCUUGAAGAAUCUAUUGUAAAACCUCUAAAGAUUGAUGGAGAACUGUACAUUGGUAUCCCCCCAGGUGUUGAAUCUCGGCUUGCCACAUUGACGCUGGACACGGACGAACUAAGCAAGCUUCCAUCCAUUGCUAGUCAGCCUGAGCUUCCUUCUACAUUUCAGCCUGAGAAGAUCUUACAAAUGGCAACCAGCUUACCAGUCUUAUUCAACACAUUGAAUGUGCGCAGAGCCAUAAUCCCUGCAGCUAAUGGACACUGCUCGGCUCGUGCGCUUGCUAGGUACUACGCAUCCUUAGCAGACGGCGGUCUAGUGCCACCGCCACAUUCCUCAUUAUCCCAGCCGCCACUUGGCAGCCAUGCCCAUGUUCCCAAAUUCUCAUCGGUGAAUGACACAAAGAAAAAGAGAAAGGGUAAGGAGAUGAUGGCGUCUACACAAAAGCUUAAACCAAAAGGUCAUAAAGAGAAGAGGCUCUAUGAUGAGGAGCAGUUUAUGAGUACAGAAAGUUUAGCCAGUCUUGUUAGUGAUACUAGCAAUGAUCAUCAAGAUGAUGAUGUUCGGAAUAUAUUUAGCAAUCCGAGGAUCCAUGAUGCUUUUAUGGGUGCUGGAGAUUACAGUGGGUUAGUACUGCCUGAUGGGAAGUUUGGACUUGGAUUUAAGCGUGUGACUUCACAAGAUGGGUCUCUUGUUGGUUUUGGACAUUCAGGGAUGGGAGGAUCAACAGGCUUCUGCGACAUCGAAAACAGAUUUUCCAUUGCAAUAACAGUUAACAAGAUGUCUCUAGGAGGUGUAACUGCUAGUAUUAUCAGGCUGGUUUGCUCAGAGUUGAAUAUCCCCUUGCCAAAGGACUUCUCCAUUGCAAAUGGUAUGGGUCUAGAGUUGGAGAUGGGUACUCCUCUAAUCAACUAAGGUUACUUUCUCUAUGUAAGUUUUGCCUGCUCAUGUGCUACAACAUACGUAGCGGUUCUUCGAAUCGCCUCAAAUAGCUAAUAGACAAUGCUGAAAAGUAUAGUGUAACGAUUUUUGUUUGUUUGUAUGUAUGCUCAAGGAUCUUGUUCGAGCAAUUCCUUAUAGUUUUAUAAUCUUAUGCAUCUAUACCAUAAAU